AUGAUUUCAGCUAUUCAAUGGAUUCGCAAGGGCGCUGCUGCUCAACAUCCUAAAAAGUACGACCUCAAUGACGAGGAGUACUCGAGAAUCAGUCAACUAGCUGCUGAUCAAUUGGAGGAUGCCAAAAAAGAUUUGAAGGAAGCCGAAGCCAUGGCUGUUGACUCCUCCAACAAGACUGAAAAUGACCAAGCUGAUGAAAUGGCUCAAUACAACCUGGAUAACUACGAUGCUGAAGUAGAGGCUUCUAGCAAGAAGGUUGGCAUUUUCUCCAACAUCAAGGAUCUGGCUUAUUAUGAAAAUGAUGAGGAGGAUCCCUAUGUUACUUUGAAGCAAAAUGUGGAUGAAGAAGAAGAAAAGAAAGAGCUCGAAGUGUUACCCACUGACAACAUGUUGUUGGCAGCCAAGACUGAAGACGACAUUUCUCAGUUGGAAAUCCAUGUAUACGAAGAAAACCAAGACAACAUCUACGUUCACCACGACAUUAUGCUGCCCUCCUUCCCUCUUUGUCUCGAAUGGUUAGAUUACCACACUGCAGCCAACAAGGUAGCUGAUCAGACAACCUCUGGCAACUAUGUUGCUAUUGGUACAUUUGAACCUGACAUCGAGAUCUGGGAUCUGGACACCAUCGACAUUAUGUUCCCCGAGACUAUUUUGGGCCACACUGACAAAUCCAAAAAAAGAUCAAAGAAGGUCAACAGCAACUACCACGUCGAUGCUAUUAUGGAUCUGGCUUGGAACAAGAAUCACAGGAAUUUCUUGUUAUCAUCAUCUGCAGACGGCACUGUCAAAUUAUGGGAUUUAACCACCUCCAAAUGCGUUCAGUCCUACAGCCAUCAUACAGAUAAGGUUCAAUCUGUUGCAUGGCACCCUACUGAGCCCACUGUCUUCCUCUCUGGUUCCUACGAUAAGACGGUGUGUGUGCUGGAUGCUAGAUCUCCCAACGAAGUGACUCGUUGGAAGCUUACCAGUGAUGUUGAAUCUCUUCGUUGGGAUCCCCACAACCCAUCCAAUUUCUAUGUCGCUUUGGAGAACGGUAUGAUUCAAUAUUACGAUGUGCGUCAAGCUCAAAAUGGUGUGGGUGCCAAGGCUAUCUUCACUCUUCAAGCACACGAUGAUGCCGUUAGUGCCCUCGAUGUCAAUCCCCUUGUGCCUGGUUGUAUCGCCACUGGUAGUACCGACAAAUCCAUCAAGAUCUGGAAUACCACCGACAACAAGCCCAGUAUGGUGACAAGCCGUAACUUUGAGCUUGGUAGAAUCUUUUCCACACAAUUCUGUCCUGAUUCUCCUUUCCAACUCGCUAUUGCUGGUUCCAAUGGUAAAAUGCACGUUUGGGAUAUGGCCUCUAACGCAGGUGUGCGUCAAGCUUUCCGUCAUCAAUCUCUUGCUAGUGUCGCUCCUUUAGAAGAAAAGAAGCCUAUCACUACCAUUGAUGAUGCUGAGGAUGAUGACGAUAUGGAGGAUGAUGAGCCAUUGAAUGCUCAAGAUGAGGAUGAUAUGGAAGAGGAUAGCGAGUAG